GCAAUGGGAAGCAAAUGGCCAACCAAUAGCAAAAAGGCAGCCGUGUAUCGAUCGCCUUAUCCGGGUCCUGUGGCACUGGCACACCGCGCGUCCGGAUUUGGCUGAGUAGCUGACUAGCUGAGCGAGCAAUCCAUCCCUUCGCCCGCCGCACCAUGGAAGCCCUCGCCUCGGCGCCUCGGGCGCUCUUCCCGCGCGCGUGCCCAGUGGCGACGCCGGCCGGCCCAGCCCGGCGCCGCUCCGCCGCUCCUCACAUCUGCAGGGCCUCCGCGGCGGCCGGGGAGGAGACGACGCCGCCGCCGCCGCCGGCGGCCGCUCCCAAGAAGAUCCUCAAGAAGAAGCCCGUCUACUCGAUGAAGAAAGGGCAGAUUGUGCGCGUGGACAAGGAGAAGUACCUGAACAGCAUCAAUUAUCUGUCAGUGGGACACCCGCCCUUCUACAAGGGGCUGGACUACAUAUACCAAGACCGCGGCGAGGUCUUGGAUAUCAGGAACUUCGAAACAGGAGAAUACGCCCUGAUCGCUUGGGUGGGGAUCCCGACGCCACCGGCAUGGCUACCAACCUACAUGCUCAUCAAGUCGGACAAGCUCGACUACGAGAGGAUAUGAUGGCCGGCCGGCGGCCUCGCAGGGCACCGUAGCGCCGCCGCCGAAUUCAUGCUUCAUUUCGCAUCAGGAGUCGGCCAAGCAGGACACACCUCUUGUUGUUGACUUGUUGUAGGUAUAUACGUACAUGCCAGUAUUGCCAGAACAGUCGACAGAGGCAAUCUGAGACCUCAGCUGCUGGAAUAAUCAGGAAGUAGAUCGAGAGCGACGUACGAUGACGAGAUUCAUAAUUGCUGCUGCACAUCACUUCUUUAUGUUAUUUAAACUCACAUUUCAUAAUU